AUGGAUGAAGUAGAAAGCUUGCGGCAGAGAAUUAUAGAACUCGAAAACGAGUUACAAGAAAAGAAAGAUAAAGAUGCGGUAGCAACGAGAGAAAAAAUCAAACAUAUGUCGGAAGAGGUAGUGGACUCAAAUCCGUACAGCCGAUUAAUGGCAUUAAAGCGUAUGGGUAUUGUUGACAAUUAUGAAAAGAUACGAGAAUUAACAAUAGCUAUAGUUGGAAUUGGUGGUGUUGGUAGCGUAACAGCAGAAAUGUUGACAAGAUGUGGUAUCGGAAAGUUGGUACUAUUUGAUUAUGACAAUGUAGAACUUGCAAAUAUGAACAGAUUAUUUUUUCAACCACAUCAAGCAGGUCAAAGCAAAGUAGAGGCAGCAGCAAGUACUUUGCGUUAUAUAAAUCCUGAUGUGGAAAUUGAAAUACACAAUUAUAAUAUCACAACCAUUGAUCAUUUUUCAGAUUUUAUGAAUACAAUAAGUACUUCCAGCUUGGAAAAUGGCCCAGUUGAUUUGGUAUUGAGCUGCGUUGAUAAUUUUGAAGCUCGUAUGGCAAUUAAUACAGCAUGUAAUGAACUUAAUCAGAAAUGGUUUGAGAGCGGCGUUUCCGAAAAUGCUGUUUCUGGUCAUAUUCAAUUUAUUGUGCCUGGUGAAACGGCCUGUUUUGCAUGUGCUCCACCUUUGAUUGUAGCAUCUAGCAUUGACGAAAAAACUUUGAAACGCGAAGGUGUAUGUGCUGCAUCAUUACCUACUACUAUGGGUAUAGUGGCAGGCUUUUUGGUGCAGAAUACUUUAAAAUUUUUACUAAAAUUUGGACAAGUGUCUUACUAUUUGGGUUACAAUGCUAUGGAAGACUUUUUUCCUAAAAUGACUUUAAAGCCGAAUCCAAAUUGCGAUGAUGCGCAUUGUAAACAAAGACAAAAAGAAUAUGCACAAAAACCAAAAAGUCAACAAAGAUCGAGCAAGAUUAUUGAAGAAAAAGCUAUACAUGAAGAUAAUAAAUGGGGAAUUUCUUUAGUUGAUGAACAAAGUGGGCAACCAGAUGAAGAAACGUCCGUAUCGACUUCAGGUGUACGAUAUGCAUAUACCAUUUCUACACCAACAUAUGCAACUGAUUCAGAAAGAGAACAAACUGUUCCUGAAUCUACGGGAGCAAGUUUAGAAGAAUUAAUGGCAGAAAUGAAAUCUAUUUGAAAGUAGUAGUGCAAAAUAUAAAUGCACACACACAUAUUCCAUAUUUGAAAAAUUUUUUUAAUUUUAUAUUUAAUAUCAAUCAAAUAUGAAUUGUUAUAAAUAUACUUUAUACUUUGUUAUAAUUCUCUUUGUUGUAAAACAAUUGAUUUCAAUAGCAUAAUGUGAUAUUUUACGUAAAUAUUUAAUAAAAAGUGGAGGAAAAAAUAAAUCAUGAUACAUACAUACAUACAUACAUAUGUGUGUGUGUGUGUAUAUGUAUACACAACACGAUAGAAUUAUAUAUCAAAUUUCUCAAAACAUAUAGAUGGACCCUCUUCUUCAUACUCUUCUCUUGUUACCAAAAGAUUUGAGAAUAUUGUGUCUUGUGAAAGUUGUUUCCCACCGAACCAUGCAUAAGUAAUUGGACUAGAAAUAAAAGAAUAUUCAUUAGA